AUGUGCUCAAUCUCACAGAUGCGACUCUUUCCGCCAUAUUAUCUUCUUGACUUUGUUGACAUUUUUGUUCCUCAGAUAUCUCCAAGAACCUUAGGCGAGUUUGCAAAACCUGAUCACUGGAUGCUUUAUGGGCGCCCACUGCGGGGAGCUUUAGUACAGGCACAACAAACCAAAGAAGAUCUUAAAAAUAAAUACCCACUGUUGGAUAUUUUGCUAAUGGCUGCUGGUAAACUCAUUGGUGGGGUUGACUUUCGUAAUUGGUUUUCGAAUUAUAAGAUAAGAAAUGAAAGAGUUACACUCUUGGUUGCUAUUGCUGUAUUGGGUCAGAGAGUUGCACUCAACAUAAUACCGCAGUCAGAAAUUGCAAUGGAAUUAGUAGCAAGUGCUAUGCAAGUUUGUCUACAUAUUACAGAAGAUCAUGGAACUAUUCUAUCAACAUACUUGUCUGAGCCCACUUUAACUGAGGCUGCUGCAUAUAUCAUGAACAUUGACAAUGGGUUACUUGUACCAGAUCUGCUGACUAU